AUGCAGAGAGCCGGAGGCGGCCCCGGGGGCGGGGGCGGCGGCGGCGGCGGCGGCGGGGGCCCGGGCACUGCCUUCUCCAUCGACUCCCUGAUCGGGCCGCCGCCGCCGCGCUCCGGCCACUUGCUCUACACCGGCUACCCCAUGUUCAUGCCCUACCGGCCCCUCGUGCUGCCGCAGGCGCUGGCCCCCGCGCCGCUGCCCGCCGGCCUCCCGCCCCUCGGCCCGCUGGCCUCCUUUGCCGGCCGCCUGACCAACACCUUCUGCGCGGGGCUGAGCCAGGCCGUGCCCUCGAUGGUGGCGCUGACCACCGCGCUGCCCAGCUUCGCGGAGCCGCCCGACGCCUUCUACGGGCCCCCGGAGCUCGCUUCCGCCGCCGCCGCCACCCGAAACAACCCCGAGCCGGACUGCCGACGCCCGGAGGGCGGGCUGGAAGCCGAAGAGCUGCUGCCCGCCCGGGAGAAAGUGGCAGACCCCGCACCGCCCCCGCCUCUGCACUUCUCAGAGACUUUCCCAAGUCUGCCGG